AGUAUAAACGAACGGAAAAAAUUCGUCGGGGCUCUCGGUCAAUUUCGUUUUCGCUCGAAGGGAGGAGGACCGUACUCGAUAGGGGAUCGACAGUGGAAACCGGUUCCGAAGGGACCAAUCAAGGCCUCUGGGAGUUCUUGGAUCAUUCAAUUAAUUCAAUUAUAAACUAUUUUUCCGUCGGGCGACCCGUUUCCGGUGGUGUUGCCACUUUUUCGAACGCACGGGGCCGCUCUCCGAGAUAUUCCCUUUACGCGUAAUUCAAUUACUGUUAUUACUUAAUUGAAUAAAUAAGCCACGUCGCGUACGGGACACGACUCUUUCGUCGGCCGAUACUCAUUCAGGAAUCGACGCUUCGUGACUGAACUCCCGAAGGAUUUGAGAUAACGUUACCGGCCAUAUCUUCGUGUGAGUAAUCUCCAGAAGGCUAUAACUUCCGAUCUACUUUUUCCCUGAGGAAUAUGAGAUGGCCAGACUCAUAGCGAAUGGAAUUAUUUAUUUGUAUGUAGUCUGUAGUAUUAUCCGAGCUGAUGAAAGUAACGAUAACGACAUCCAAGAUGUAGUAUCCGAAGUAGUGUACAAGACUCCAGAGGUGUCUGGAUUCGCGUAUCUAGUGGACACCUUCGACGAUCUUGAAAAGUUCAAGAAUACAUGGGUGUUGUCCGAAGCCAAGAAAGAUUCUAUAGACGAGGACAUAGCUAAAUACGAUGGGGUUUGGUCUAUAGAAGAACCCAAGAUACACGCGCAGGAGGGUGACUUAGGAUUAGUGCUGAAAAGCAAAGCUAGACACGCAGCAGUAUCCACCAAAUUGUCUAAACCUUUUCACUUCAAAGACAAUCCACUAAUAGUGCAAUACGAAGUGAAUUUCCAAGAGGGCCAAGAAUGCGGAGGAGCUUACUUGAAGCUGCUCACGUUGGACCCAGAACAUGUGGAUCUGAAGAUUUUCCACGAUAAAACUCCUUACACUAUAAUGUUCGGGCCGGACAAGUGUGGAAAUGAACACCAGCUGCAUUUUAUAUUCCGGCACAAAAAUCCUCUGAACGGUUCCAUAGAGGAGAAACACUGUAAAAAGCCGAGGGAACGCCUGGAGGAUUUCUUCAAGGACAAACAGCCUCACCUUUACACCCUGAUUAUUCGAGCGGACAACAGUUUUGAGAUCAAAGUGGACAAUAAGGUUGUGAAUUCUGGCUCGCUGCUGGACGACUUCAGUCCCCCUGUUAAUCCACCAUUGGAAAUCGAAGAUCCUUCGGACGUUCAGCCCGACGACUGGGACGACAGAGAAAGGAUUCCAGAUUUGUCGGCUGUUAAGCCGGACGACUGGGACGAAGAUGCCCCGGCACAGAUCGUAGACGAGGAUGAUGUUAUGCCUGACGGAUGGCUCGAAGAUGAACCACCAGUGAUCCCUAAUCCCGACUCCGUCAAGCCUGAAGACUGGGACGUCGAGAUGGACGGUGAAUGGGAACCCCCAGACAUACCGAAUCCAAAAUGUGCUGACGCGCCAGGAUGUGGACCGUACCAGCAGAAGAUGAAGAAGAACCCACGGUACAAGGGUAAAUGGUCCCCGCCCUUGAUCAACAAUCCCGAUUACAAAGGGAAAUGGAAGCCUAAGCUGAUACAUAACCCCAAUUACUUCAACGACGAGCAUCCAUUCCGAAUGAUGCCCAUUUAUGCAGUCGGUUUUGAACUGUGGUCUAUGUCCACGGACAUACUCUUUGAUAAUAUUCUGAUAACAGAUAACGAGGACGUAGCGAGGAAGUGGGCCGACGAUACUUUCGAAGUACGUCGCGCCAGAAUCGCGGAGGAAAGCUGGAGCGUGUGGCGUCAGAUUGGCACAUUUACAGCGGAACAUCCUUGGAUAUGGACUGUAUAUUUAAUAGCUGCUGGUUUACCCAUAAUGCUAGUUAUAUAUUGUUGCUGCUUUGCUUCUCAGGACAAAUACGACUUAAAGGAAGAAGAGAAGGAGCCUCUAGUUGAAAACGAAGAAGCCGAGAUAGAAGAAACCAAGAAAGCAGAGGCAGCAGAAGCAGAUAAAGCAGAAAUAGAGAAAGCAGAAGCAGAAAUGGAGAAAGCAGAAGCAGAUAACGCAGAAAUAGAGAAAUCAGAUAAAGCAGAAAUAAAGGAAGCUGUAGAAGAUAAAGUAGACGCAGACAAAGCAGAAGCAGAAGCUAAUAAAAGCGAGGAAACUGAGGAGAUAAUAGAAAGUGAAGAUAAUGAGAAGCUAGCGAUGGGUGGCGAUGGACCACGACGAAGAAAACCAAAGAAUAGAGAUUAAAAUUUAAACGAUGUGAAAUUCGUAUUAACUAAGGAUAUUUAUGCAAAUCUUUCACAUUCCACGUAACACACUUGCCAUUUUGUGUACGUUAGGAUUUUUUCAGUGUCCCAAUACAAUGCAACGCGAUCACUAGGAACCAGUUGGUUUGCCCGAAACAUUACGCGCGCUCGUUUCAACUAUUCAAUUUUUUUUUCUUCUAAUUAUAUCGUAUUUUGUGGCGAAUGCCUUUUCACACGUUCGGCAUGUUUUACGUAUGAAUGAUGACACAUAAAAUGAAAACAACACAGUUUGUAACGAAUGAUGUUCGGUGUAACUAUUUAUGCCUUAAUAAUAUGUAGCAAUGUAACUUUUGUUAUUGUAUAUUGAAGGUGAAUAAUAGAAUACAUUUAUUCACGAUUUCUUGUGUGAGACCGAAAAGAAAAAAUGGAAAAAAAGAACCACGUACAAUUACAUUAACAAUAUUCAAUUAUCGUUUUCACAGACAUUUGUAUCGUUCGAUGUAAUUAAUCGUUCUUAAACAAUAUGUUUCAUUCCUUUUGCUAUUACGUUAAUAAAAUGUACAAU